AGCUCAAAGUGAGACACAUGCAUACAGUCAACAGAUCCACCCACUGCUUUAAGAAAGCAUAACCACUUUUGUAUUCACCUGCAACAAAUGCUCUCUCUCUCUCUCUCUCACUUCUUUUCACAUACGCACGCACACACAUACACUGAAAUGCACGCCCUUUUCAGGAAGCUCAGGAUUCAGUCAAACUGAUAUCAAGGGUCUCUUUUGGAACACAGGAACUGAAACAGAGUUGCUCUUUUAAUUGCAGAAUAUUCUCUUGGAUCUGGAAGCCACGGCUUCAUCUGACAUACAAGGGCCUGUCUGGCUCGCCUCCAUUUUUUCUCAUAGGUUUCCUGAAACUCCCUUCUUAACUUGGCAAGCUAUAGAGAAGAAACUUCCCAGUAUAUUUUGAGAAAGCAGGUUGAUGCAGACGUGAGACAUGACUUCUGUUGAAGAUGACUACAAUUUUGUGUUUAAAGUGGUUCUGAUUGGAGAAUCCGGUGUGGGGAAAACUAAUCUCUUGUCUAGAUUCACCAGGAAUGAGUUUAACCAUGACAGUCGCACCACCAUUGGUGUGGAGUUUUCUACACGCACCAUUGUAAUUGAUAGUGUGACAGUAAAGGCACAGAUCUGGGACACAGCAGGACUGGAACGUUAUCGGGCCAUUACAUCUGCGUACUAUCGUGGAGCUGUGGGGGCACUUCUUGUUUAUGACAUUUCCAAGAACGUGACCUUUGACAAUGCAGAGCGCUGGCUUAAAGAACUUUAUGACCAUGCUGAUGCCAACAUUGUCAUCAUGCUUGUUGGCAACAAGAGUGACCUUGCCCAUAUUCGGACAGUGCCUAUGGAGGAGGCCAAAAUGUUUGCAGAAAAAAACAACUUGCACUUUCUGGAAACCUCUGCACUGGAUGCAACAAAUGUAGAGUUGGCAUUUAACACUGUACUUAGAGAAAUUUACAAAAGGGUAACCAGCACAGACAUGACCAACAAAAAAGGGGGUUUCUCAAUAGACCCAGCAGCUAAUCCAGGGUCACAGAACGGUCAGACUGAAGAGAAGAAGUCCUGUUGUGUUAAUCUGUAAGGCCUCUUCAAAGAUCAAGAGAAAACAGAGACAGAAACUGAAACAGACUGGUCAGCAUGACCGAAAAGAAGCCUUUAAAGCCAACAGCACUACAUUCUGAAGAGCCCAGUAGUGGGGAUGGGUGCCUUGUUUGGGAUGGGGAUACAGAAAGAAAUUUAUAUGCAAGUUUUCAAAAACAAUGGUGUUGUACUCUUCAGUAUUGAAAAACUGUAUGUUCAUGUCACUGUGGGCUAACUUCUUUUCCAUCUAUGCAAUUGGUGGAUUGUUGUUUUUAUGCAGUCACAGAAUAUCUUAGAAUAUGAAGACGGUAAUCUAAAUAUGGGUGAAGAUGAUGAAAUAUUUGUACCAUUUUGUUUUAUAACUAAUUUAAGGGGGUGCAGAUUCUGCUGUUCUUUUAACCACCCUGUAAGAAGCUGAAUGGAGGAAUUCAGAAAUGGCACAAAGACGUAUGUGCAAAUGUCACUCCUUUUAGCAGAGUGAUGCAUUUAAAAGUGUGUGCAUGUGUGUUUAUAAAUGGAUCUGUGAUUUUAAAUUUAAUUUUUGCUAAUAAUGUUUUUCUUUUACUUGAUCUUUUAUCACUACUAUGGUUCUGUUCUGUUAUGUAUCUUGUCCACAUUAAUCACACUUUAUAGAAAACAAAACAAGAACGUGUUUAAAUGCCAAAAGAAAACAUUUUUCUGAGUAAAUUACAUCACAGCAAACAAAAGGGAAACUGAAAAAGCAAAAUUAGCUUUCUUAGUAUCUAUUUUUUUAUUUUGGUUUCAUAUGCUAUGACUGAAUUUAGGACACAGUAUAGCCACUAGCACAUAUCCAAGUAGUCCCAUCAUUACAUCCUGUUGUCUAGCCCCUCUAUAUUUAUGUUAUGGAUGUAUUAUACUGAUUGAAGUUGGUAUAUUUCCUAAUGCAAUUCCAUUUCCAGCAUGCAAAGCAAUGACUUGGGUAUAUCUCUACUCACCUGCUCCCUGCCUUAGCAUAACAAUCAGGUGCACUUUCUGUUGUUUCACUGGGUGUGUUGUCCCUCCAGUGUCCACUAGGGAAUAGACGUGCUGCAGAAAAGCCCAUACCCCUCAUCUUGAAGGGCAGCUUUAAAUCAGCCAUUCAAUAUCACUCCACAACACACACUCACACUUUAUAACACUAGAUAAACUUCUACUAUGCAUUUUUACUGAAAAACGUUGACAGUAAUUCCACCUGUUUUGGUUCAUACUUUCCAGAUGUUCCAGUGCUCCUUGUCCAUCAUCAAUGGGUCUACCAGCUCCUCUUUUCACCUGCAGACUUUGACUCAGGACUGGAGCUGGCUUGGAUCUUAAGGGUAUCCUGAGGGAUCAUGCCAGGGACUGUUUCUGCCAGAGAAGAUUUUUAAUUUAAUGACCUACCCUCGCUUCCCUGCUCCCCUGCAUUCAUCUAUUAUUCAUCUAUUCCAUCCAAGGCCAAUCUUCUCCAUGGACCAUACCUUCCUUCAGGGAAAACUUCAAUUAAUGCAUCCCCCCUGAGGAUAGGCAUACCUAACUCUCCCUUCCAGAGCCUCAGAUGCCCAAAUCAUUAAUCAAACCCCAGUCACCUGGGCAAAACUGACAUAAUUUUUGAGGAAAUGUAAUAUUAAAGAAGGCAUAUUAGUAUGCAAACUUGAAUAAACUAUAUCACGGACAGCAAGUAAUAUUAAAUUAACAAUGUUGGUCAUAUCCUGUUUAGGGGUAAUGUUGUGUAGCAAGUCUCCUCUGCAUGACUUCAAGGCUUAGAAGAAUGUAUCCAUCGAAUUACGAAGAUGCAGGACUUUUGUCACUUUCCAUCCUUUCUUUCUUCACAUGCCUAAAGAAGCUUGGUCUAGAUAAACAAGGACUUUCUGUUGAGCUGUUAUGCCAUUAUGAUGCGCAGUGUUAAUGUCUGUGGAGAAAGCGAGUCUAGUAGGUACAGAAUUAACUAAGGGACCAGGAAAUCAUGCUUAAUCCUGACUAAAUUAAAACUGUAACUCUGGGGCCAUAAUAGGUUGAGCAGCUUGUCACCAAUUGUACUAAUCUGUCCUCUGGAACUUGGUAAUCCAAAUGGAAAUAAGAUGGCACAUCAGACUCCAAAUAAACACAUUAAAGAAUAAAUGUCAUCUGUUUUCUACUCAACGAUAUGAUGUGCACAUUGUAACAGAUGGUGGCAAAGACAGAGGAUUUUGACAUAAAUGCAGACCAGUUAUUAUUGUACAAUUAUACAUCCAGUUUUCAUGGUAUUGAUUUGGUCAAGGAUAUCAGUUUACUAUUAUACAGCCAGUUUUCAUAGUAUUCGUUUGGUCAGAGCUAGUCACUCAGAAGUAUAAAGAUUGGCUCUAGGUCAUUUGGUCAUAUUGACUAAUGUUGAUGUGACAUUUUGACCUCAAGUACAAAUGGGUAAAAUGGGUCUGUUGAUUAUGGUUUUGUUCACCUGUCCUUUUUUCUCCCUACAGCAGGGAAUGAAUUUAAGCCUUCAGGUGUGCAUCUUGCCCCUCUGACAGGAAUGUACUCCCAGCUGCCAGUUAAGGGAUCACUGCAGCAUUGCACAUAUAUCCUUCUAUCAGCAGCCCUAUGUGGACAUGGCAUGUGGCUUUUAAGGAUGCAACUUCACACCAGACCAUGAUCCCCACUGUUUCUAUAGUGGGCUUAGUCGGAUGUGAAGCUUACCCAAAAAGUGAGAACUAAGUAGGGAAGAAAAGUCUUUAUCUGCUAGAAAAGUAUAUAUUUUUGUGCAGGUUACAUAACAAAGUCUGUAACAGAGCAGGUACACCUAGCAAGCAGCCUUUUUAUGUGAACUAAAAACUAAACGUGAACAAAAUCCCUUGGUGCACCAGCAAUGUCAGAUGGGAAUCUGGGAGAGAAAAUCAAGACCAAAAGAAUGUCAUUAAAACCACAGUUCUCUCAACAGUGCUUAUUUAUGAGCAGUGUGAAAAUGACAAUUAUCACAAGCAUGAGGAAUGGGAGCAGUGACAACAGGCCUUUAAAUUUGUCUUUCAAAGACCCGUCACCCAGACAGCUUCAGAACCAGGCAAAGGUCAAGAGGGUGGAGUUCAAAAUGGUUAGUGUACUGCUCUGUACUGUACAUCAUGGACAGCCAAAUCAAAACUCAAAUAUAAAAUAUCUGACAAGGAGAACAGUAUCCACAUUCCUAACAGCUGAGCCUUUUUCAUUAAGUUGACUGUCAUGGUGCUGUAACCGGGGUGAGAGGACACCACAAUCAGGGAAGAACUCACUAAGUAUAAUGAGGACUUUCCUUUCAGUUACUUUAGUCAGUAUAGGUAGCUAAGGGAUGGAACAGUAAUUAUCAGCAGUCUCUGGCUGUUUGUUUUUGUUGCUUAGAGUAAGUAUCACCGUCUCCAAUUUCAAAUUCAGGAACAUUGGAUGAUAUGAAUAAUGAGAUUUAAACUAAUCAGCACAUAAUAUGGUUAGUAAAGUAUUUUAAAAACCUGGGAUGCAGGCCACCUGCAGCAGGAUUCCCAAUGCUGGAUAAUUUCCACACCUGCAACCUGACCUCCCUGAUGGUUACUCCAUCUUACAGGCAGGAAAUCAACAUCUAGUGCUACAGGAAAGGGAGCUGGUCAUCUUGUAAACCUGUCAUUUAAAAGAAAACUGAGAAGAAUGGUCAUGGAAAGCACAGACAGCAUAAGCCGGCAUCUGGGGAGUCCCUGGUGGUCUAGUGGUUAGGUUUCAGCACUCUUACUGCUGCAGCCUGGAUUUGAUUCUCAGUCAGGGAAGCUUUGGUUUAGAUUUAGUCUUGAGCCAAAUCUCAAUGUAACAACUAUUCCUUUCAGAAAAGUGAUUGGUCAAGCUGUAAAAUUUUGCAGGACUCUCCGGUGCUUGGUUUGCUGUGUAAGAAUGCAUUGGAUGUUAUGUACAUGGCUUACUUUCUUACGCAAGGAUGUGUAGAUUUAUCUAUUAACAUUAGAGAAAGUAAGUUUCCCAACAUCACCAGUCUUACUCAAUGAACUGGAUUACAUACCUGUCAACUGUCCAGAUUUUCACAGAAUGUUCAACUUUUUGUCUCAUAUUUUUGGUCUGUUCCUAAUAAAACUUGUAGUUUUCUGACAAAUCAUUGAGGACUGAAGUCAGUAAAUAAUGGCAUACAUUUGAGUUUCAGACUUAAUAUCCUUCAGAAAAAUAGAUGCCAAUACAAAUCUUGUUAAUUCCUGUUAUUGCAGCAACUUUGUAAGUUUAUAAGAGCAAUAUUUAAAAUCUGUUCAUAUUUUUGGCCCUUUGUCCACCCAUUAUGUUAGGUUUUGUCGAAAUUUCUUGAGUUAAGAAGUUGAGAGGUAUGCUACAUUCCUAUUAGUAUCGGUUCAUGUAAUAAUUUUUACAGUGCAUAGUGUCAAAACAAGGACAGAUUCUGUUCUGGAGAGUGAUAAUUACAGAUGAAAUGCCAGUCAAGUUCAUUAACAUUUCAAGUAGAAGGAUAUAAGAUCAGGGGUCAUGUAAUGAAAAGUUCCCUUCCACAUUUUGUGAAGCAAGCCAAUCAGGGUAUAAGACGUUAAAGGAAGCAAUAAUGUCAGAGAUGGAGGAGGGGGGUUGGAACAUGUGGCUUAAAUCAAGUUUCUGAUAAGCUGAGUAUGUCAGGUGACUACAUGGCUAAGAAACAACCUGACAUGCUCAGCUUAUCAGAACACAUUUUAUCUUCUUUAGACAACAGGGUCAUACCUGUGUGAGUGUUAUUCAAGACCUAAGUAUGUUGUAUGCCACAGUGACCCUUGACAUGACAUCAUGUGUUACAGUUAUAGUUAUGCAAUGGUAGCUCUUUAGUAUG